UUUUCCAACAUGGCGGCCGCAAGUUACGAAGUGACGCCUGAUGCUUUACCUUAUUAUGACCAAGGCUACGAGGAACCCGAAGUUCGAGAGAUGGUGAAUCAGUUGAUAGAUGAGGAAACAAAAAGAUACAGAGGGUCGAAGAAGUAUCUAGAACACCUACCACCUGUUGUCUAUGACAAAUUUUUGACACCGAUACUGAAGAAUGAGUUUGACAGAAUAAGUAAGCGACAACCGAUGGAUUUAUUAAGUAUGAAAAGAUAUGAACUUCCUCUUCCAUCAACUGCACAGAAGAAUGACCUAACAGCUUGGCAAGAGGCUGUAAAUAAUUCUUCAGCACAAUUAGAGCAUCAGGCAACAAGGAUCUGUAACCUGGAGUUAUUAUCAACUUAUGGUGGUCAGGCAUGGAGAAUGCACAAUGAUGUUAUAAUGGCAAUGCUGCAGGAACAACAGAAGAAGUUAUUAGACAUUAGGAAAGAAAUCCAGCAAAUCAACUGGCAACGAAAAAGUGAACAAACCACUGCGGGAAAGGAUUUGCGAAAUUUAGAACAAAGUUGGAUUGGUCUUGUGAGCAAGAACUACGAAAUCGAACGGGCAUGCGCAGAUCUGGAAGCGGAAAUCGAGAAAAUGCAGAUGAAGGCUUAAAACGUUGAUGGUUAUAAUCAUGCCGAGUCCAACAGCUUUUACUUGCUUGUGAAAGUGAGAAGCCGACGACAGAAAAUAGGUCCAACGAAAGACAACCAUAUGUGUUGUUGUUUUUUAUGGUCGGAGUCUCAGAGAAUUAUCUUUCGCCAAAAAGUCUCAGUUAUUCUGUCAAUAUGCUGCGUUGUUGUUCUUGUAUUUUUAAAUACAACUACUGUAAAGAUGUGAAUUAAAUUUUGAAAUACG